CCUUCCUUCGCUGACAUGGCCAGAUUCUGCUUCCUGUGCUGCUUGGUGGCUCAAGCUCUCCUGAUCCUACUAGCUGGCUUGGCCUCGUCGAGCGCCGAGCAAGGCCAAGCUCACGUGCGCCACGAGUUGCCGGCGCCGGCAUGCUCCGGCCAGCGCGAUGAAGCUCGACCACUGUUGGGGUUUCUUGGUUUGAGGUCGCCACGCGGAGCUCCGCCGCCACCACAAGCAGCACGACCGAAUCGUUUGGCGACGAUGCCACCAGCGACCCCUCCGCCACCGCCCACAUUGCCGCCGCCACAACGACCAGCAAAAACAUACUACUGUACUAGCUCUAUCGCUGUAAAGGCUGAAUCGACGUCAUGUGGGUUUCCCAUUCCUUUUAUGUUACUACUGGUGUGUGGUCACAGCUCAUCCGCACCGCCCGUGACUGAAUUAAGUUCGCUGCAUAAAUUCAGGUCACAGGAGGCACAUAAAUCAAGGUCGAGAGCAUUACCGUUUGCGAACAUGGCAAGAUUCGUGUCCUGCUUAUUGGCACAGCCUCUGCCGGCCGUAGUAGCGGCGUUGGUUUUGUCGAGUGCCGAGCGAUGCCAAGCUCACUCCUACCUCACGCAGCUGGAGCACGCUCCGGCGUCUUCUGAUCAACUUGACCAAACCCCAACAGCACCACUGAGACUUCUUGGUUCGAGAGAACCGGAAGCUCCGCCACCGCCAGAACCAGCGGCCAACCGUCGGUCAAGGAGGUCGACGUCACCGGAACCACCACCUCCACCACCACCACUCUCGUCAGAACCGUCGUCUCCACCACCACUCUCGCCAGAACCGCCGCCUCCGCCUCCGCCACCACCCUCGCCAGCACAACGCUCUUAGCAGAUGAAAUGCCAUGUGUCCCCGCUAAUCUCCAGAUUUCAGUAUAAGUUCAGUUCGACAGAUCGUCAUUGCAGCAGUUCUUUGCCCGAGAGAUGAAACUGGUCUUUAACAUCUUCGCCGUCUUGGUCAUCAUGGUUACUCUGUCAGCCACAACAAAUGUGUCGUCGCAGAUUGGUGUGCUGGGGAGGCCACCGGGGCCGGCACCGCCGGCGCCAAAGCCGGCACCACGCAGGAGUUCCGCUAAGCCGCUUCAUCCCUCACCUCCACCGCCACCACCGGAGGAGCCGAGCGGAAUGCAGCCGUCAACCUCGUCACCGCCGCCUCAAUAGCCUCAGCAAGGUGUGCCACCACUUCGCACUUCACCGCCUCCUCCACCACCGCUACCGUGCCAUUAGAUCUUAUGAGUUUCACUCGAUUAGACUUAAUCUUCCAUCCUUUUAGCGCACAUCUUAAGCACAAUGUUGUAUAUUUAGUGUUGAAUAAAGUUCCUUAUGCUUA